CAGGGGAAGAACAUGACAGGGCGCGCAAAAAGAAAGUCCAAAUCUAUUCAGGAGUCGGCGAAGAGAGAGGCGAAGAAAGCUCGUUGUGAUGACGUCAAGGCCACGCCCCCAUCCGCGGUGUCGCCACAGCAACGCGAGGAGACGCUGCAGCUCUGCAAGCUCCACAUGCCGGAGGACCUCUACCACUUCUGGGAUCUGUGCAAGGAGCUUUGCCCCGAGAACCCGUGUGGUGCUCUGAAGGACACACUGGGUUUGCAGCUGGUUGGUCCUUUUGAUAUUCUGGCCGGAGCUCACAGGAACUGCAAGAAUCCUUCUCCUAACUUCCACCUCCACUGGAGGUAUUUCUACGACCCACCAGAGUUCCAGACUAUACUGCGGGGCAGCGAGGAGAGCCAGCAUCACAUCGGCUACUACAGAGAUAUUCCAGACUCCCUUCCAUCCUUUGUUGGGGAGAAUGAAGCCAAGAGUGGCUGCACUAUAACACAAAUGGGCGACAAUGUCUUUGCUGCAGUUCACAUAUUUCUGCUGAGGAAGAAGAACAAGAAGGGCAGUCAGAAAACGGGGGAUUUUGAGAGCCUGGAGGCGAAGCUGAGAGAGCGAUCAGAAACUCUCAACCUCUCUCUAGAACAGAAGACCAAAGAAAUGAAGCAGCGGGACAAGAAGGUGGUCACCAAAACCUUCCACGGUGCUGGCAUUGUUGUGCCUGUAGACAAGAACGACGUGGGAUACAGAGAACUGCCAGAAACCGAUGCUGCUCUCAAAAAGAUCUGCAAGGCCAUCGCUGACGCCCGGGAUGACGACGAGCGCGUCAGAGCCUUCCAACGCAUCCAGGAGAUCGUCACGUUUGUUCAGUUUGCCAAUGACGAGUGUGACUACGGCAUGGGCUAUGAGCUCGGACUGGACCUCUUCUCCUUUGGGUCCCAUUACUUCCACAAGGUGGUGAAGCAGCUCCUGCCCAUGGCCUACAACUUACUGAAAAGGAACUUGUUUGGAGAAAUCCUGGAGGCUCACCUGGCCAGCCGUCGCCAUGACAACCUGGACCAGCUGUCCUGGUGUUAGAUAUGUCAGUUGCCACACCGUGUGGUCAGUGUUGAAUUGGUGGUUCAUUGGAUCACUUUUUAAUGUCAAAUAAAGUAUUUUUUAUAUUUUUAACAAUUGUC